AGACCUGAGAUCAGUGCACCUAUUGUCACACUAGAGAUUCUGAGGCUGGAGUAUGUCACACCUGGCUACAUCUUCCUGGCGCCGUACCGCAAUAUUGACUCUGGGCCGUACAUCUACGACAACAACGGCCAAUUGAUAUGGUCUGGAGCAGCAACACAAGGAUCUUCCACUGCGCACAAUGUCCAAGUAUGCAAAUACAAGGGCAGCGACCAUCUUUGCUUCUUCCAAGGCCAUCAACACCAUGGAUAUGCGAGAGGACAUGGCGUUAUUAUGGACAACCGUUACCGCGUUGUCCAAACCGUCGAGGCAGCUGGAUCAGCUACGUCUACCGACAUGCACGAAUUCCGGCUCAUCAACGAUGGCAAGUCUGCUCUAGUCACCGUAUACUCACCACGCCAAUUCGAUUUGGCCGAAUUCGGGAUUGGGCCUGGCGUUGGCUGGAUCAUGGACGGUGUAUUCCAGGAAAUCGACGUCGAAACUGGAGACCUAAUCUUCGAAUGGAGAUCGCUGGACCACAUUGCACCAAGCUUCAGCUAUACCCUGGCUGGCUCCACGGAUACGAAUGGUGAUGGACUGACUGCCGAAACGCCGUGGGACUAUUUUCAUAUCAAUUCCAUCGACAAGAACGUAGAUGGAGAUUACCUGAUCUCUGCACGCCAUAUGGCUGCCGUCUACAAGAUCUCAGGCCAAAGCGGUCGUGUUCUGUGGGAGCUGAAUGGCGCGAACCCGACAUUCCGAAACGAGAACCUACACUUUUCGAGCCAGCAUCAUGCCUCGUGGGUGCACGAGAACCAAACCCACACGAUUCUCUCCAUGUUUGAUAAUGCGAGCAACGGACCGAAUAGAACCAAUUCCGAGUCGCGCGGGCUAAUCAUCGCAAUCAACCACGUUGAAAAGAAGGCCUCUAGAAUACGCCAAUGGCUAGCUCCCGAAAAAGAUGGUAACGGCAUCGUAGCCGCUUCUCAGGGGAAUCUACAAAUCCUUUCUCCCAACAACGUGUUCAUCGGAUGGGGCGACCAUGCAUAUUACUCGGAGCACCUCGAUUCUGGAGAAGCUGUCAUGUACGGCAAACUAGCUCAAUGGGGUUCAAAUGUUAAUAUUUAUCGCUGCAACAAGUUCCAAUGGAAAGCGCAACCUCUUAGCAAGCCCGCCAUAUGGUCAUAUUCUCUCAGCGGCACUGAUGAUAACGAUCUCGUGAUCUACACGUCCUGGAACGGUGCGACUGAAGUCCGGCGUUGGAAGUUCUACGUCUCAGACUCAUCCAAAGGACCGUGGGAGCUAGCGGGCACUAAGGACAAGUCUGGCUUUGAAACCGAGUACCACAUCCCGUACGCAAAGAUGUGGUCUUUCUCCGAAGCCCUUGACCAGAACCACAAGCCCCUCGCCCGAUCCUCAAUCUCAAAGACUUUCGUACCUUCAACGGGAAUCCGCGAUCUCUGCGACAAACGACAUUGCAAGCCUGUGCCUCCACUAGACAAAGGCGAAGAGUUCGAGAAACUCAUUCCAAAGGUUAGCAACCGCGGCGCAAACUACACUCGAGGCUACGACACGUCGAUAUACUACCUCGAUGUGUUGCUGCCGAACAUGAAGCUUGUAGGGCUAGGCUGGCCUGCAGCCCUAGUGGUGUUUGCAGUGGCGGGAUUCGUGUUGCUCUUUUUCAGACACACAGCGCGAAAGAGCGUUAGAAGGGCGCACGAAUUCGUGCAGACGCAGGUAGUGAGGAGCCCAGUAAUGGGAAGCUAUAUGAAAGUAGAAGAGGCUUGA